AUGUCUCCCAACAGCAAAAUAAAGCAAAACGAAGAGAAGAGUGAUGGCGAACUGGUAGAAGCUCAGUGGCGAGAAGAAUCGGGAGGGUCUGUUGAAGCCUCUGAACACCAAUCUGGGAAACUACUUGAAACUGUUAACUCAGAAGAUGAAACACGUCCAGCUCAUGCUAAGGAAGAUUUAUUUUCUGAAGCUGCCAUGGAAACAGACAGAUUUGGGAAAUUAUACACUGUGAUUAACUAUAUUUUUGCAAACUCAGACGUUGCUUCCUGGAUCGACUGGAUGGUGGAGGACCACUCUGCCUGGUUUGGGUAUGUUGCCGUGGCCACAGAUGAAGGAAAGACAGUGUUGGGAAGAAAAGACAUUUUGGUUUGCUGGAGAGGAACUCUUUCACUGGCUGAGUGGUUCAAGAAUUCUCGAUUCCAUCAAGUGUCAGCUUCUGAGAUUUUUGGGAAUAGCCAUAUGAUCCACAAGCGCACAGAGGAUUUCUCUCAGUCUACACAUCGCCAAAUACAGAACCCUCCUCCAGUUCUGAAUGCUAUUAAGAAACUGGUGAACAAGCCUGAGUACAGUAAAGAAGAAAUCAGUAUAACAAUAACUGGUCACAGUCUGGGUGCAGCUCUUGCAACAUUGAACGCAACUUAUAUAGUUGUCAAUUAA